AUGAAACAGCCGGUCCAGGCGUUGCAGGCAUGGCUCCGUCGCCAACCUCCCAAAAUCAAGGUCUUCCUUGCCUCCGUUUCCGCCCUCGCCGCUCUCAUCGUCAUCCGUCUCGUCGUUUAUGAUCACGAUAACCUCUUCAUCGCCGCCGAGGCCGUCCACGCUCUCGGCAUUUCUGUCCUCAUUUUCAAACUCGCCACCGAGAAAACAUGCGCCGGGCUUUCACUAAAAUCACAGGAAUUGACAGCCAUGUUCUUAGGGGCUAGAUUAUACUGCAGUUAUGUUAUGGAAUAUGAUGUACAUACUAUACUCGAUUUAACUACAUUGACCGCGACAGUUUGGGUCAUCUAUAUGAUGCGUUUCAAUUUAAAUUCUAGUUACAUGCUUGAGAAAGACAAUGUUUCAGAACUCUAUGUGGUUAUUCCUUGUGCUGCAUUGUCUCUUGUGGUUCAUCCAACAACACAACAUCACAUUAUGAAUAGGAUCAUUUGGGCCUUUUGUGUUUAUCUCGAAUCUGUUUCUGUUCUCCCGCAACUUCGGGUCAUGCAAAAUACCAAGAUUGUUGAACCGUUCACAGCACAUUAUGUGUUCGCUUUAGGGGUCGCAAGGUUUCUAAGCUGUGCUCAUUGGAUUCUACAGGUUUGGGAUACUCGGGGACAAUUGUUGACGGCCUUAGGUUAUGGAAUGUGGCCUUCACUAGUCCUUCUUUCCGAAAUUGUGCAAACAUUCAUACUUGCAGACUUCUGCUACUACUAUGUUCAAAGUUUUAUGGGCGGGCGGCUAGUUCUUCGUCUGCCUUCGGGAGUAGUGUGACAUUGCCAAUCCUGUAAAGAAACAAGAAUUCACUUAACAAAGAUUUGAU